CACCGGAAGAGCGGAGCGUGCAGAAUGCCGAAAUGCGAUGUGAAGACGAGGUAUCUGCCAGCUACGUUCGCGUGGACGGUCCUACUCGUCACCACGGCGCUCUUCUUCAUCUUCCCGUGCUCGAACUACUAUGUCUCUCGAUGGGGCUUGUGGGUACCGGCUCUGCAAGGAGUCAUCACCUUCUUCGUGGUGAUAAACUUCUCGCUGGCGACGUUCAUGGAUCCCGGUGUUAUACCAAAAGCGCCUCCUGACGAAGACCGGGAGGACGACUUCCGAGCCCCGUUGUACAAGAGCGUGGAGAUCAACGGUAUUACUGUGCGCAUGAAGUGGUGCGUCACCUGCAAGUUCUAUCGACCUCCACGUUGCUCACAUUGCAGCGUCUGCAAUCACUGUAUCGAGACAUUCGAUCAUCACUGCCCGUGGGUGAACAACUGUAUUGGUAGGAGGAACUACAGAUACUUCUUCUUUUUUCUUCUGUCGCUCAGUUUUCAUAUGCUCAGUAUAUUUGGGCUCUGUCUGUAUUACUUGCUGGAGCACAAAGAGCAGCUGAGCGAAGUUAAUACUAUUGUUGCACUUAUACUCAUGGGAGUGGUAAUGCUCUUAUUCAUUCCAAUCUUUGGACUGACCGGCUUUCACGUGGUCCUCGUCUCCAGAGGGCGUACGACGAACGAACAGGUAACAGGCAAAUUUAACGGGGGCUACAAUCCUUUUUCACGUGGUUGUCUGCACAACUGCUGUUACACGCAGUUUGGACCACAAUACCCAAGGUAUUGCAAGGAGCCAAGCUUACUUAAGUCUGAUAAGUAUUCAGGGAAGCGACGUGGGGCGUGCGCGUCAGAGAUAUCUACUAUAGGCAGUGAGAACCAGGUAAAGACCUACAUGGAUAGCAGCAAUGGUGUUAGAAAUGCCAGUUCAAAUGCUUACAAUAAGUUAUCGCCCGGACGUGACGGAUCGGACACAGACAUGGAACCGACGGCGUCCCAGUCUGCGGACUGCGAACCCACACCGCCGUUGCAGAGACACGGUUCCAAAAGCAAUUUCUUCCUGCCACCUGUGGAGAGCAACGAAUCUCCCAGGCAUCCCCCGCCGUCGCAGCAUCGCCAUCCAAUACAUUAUCCUAGAGGCAGUCCACAUCCGAGGCCAAGAGGGAUGAACGGAUCUCGAAGUCACACACCCGACCCGUUAUCACCGGAGACGAGUGGUUCGCCCGCCACGGUCCCUCAGCGUCAGGGUGGCGCCAGCCCGACGAUGCAACAACGUAUCAAAGCUAUUGGAGUACCCACUCCGCUUGCCAUAUCCAGCCCAAUACGAAGAUCAAACCCGGGCACACCGACGCAGGUUCGUCGGCCGGAUUUCAUAGGCGUUAACGAGGCGCCGACGUAUUACGAUGUACAGCAGGGAAACAAUACGGGUGUCGGCGUUCCCGGCUCCGUCAUCACUGGCUACAGCCCGCAGCGGCGUUUCCUGUCGGAGAGCGAGCUCGUGCGACAGGGCACGGAUCAUCCGUACGCGCGGACCAACAACACGGUCGACAACAUACGCGAGCUGGCGGGCUCGCCGCAGCGCGGUGUUUACAUGUGGAAGGACAACUCACCCGGCAGCUAUCCAGGCCCGCCUCCUGGGGGAGCGGUGAGCGGCGCGCCGCAUCAGUCGCCCUCCCAUCGACCGCUCCCGCCGUACGACUACUAUCGCUCCAACCCCACGAGCCCGACUCAGCAGUCGCAGUACGCGACGAACGCACCCCGGGCGGCGUAUCAUCCGGCCCUCAGGGGUGGAGUGCCCGUCUUCCCGCCGCAUCAACCGCACCAGUCGCCGCAGGUUAAGCGGAAAGCGACCACGAUGGCGACACCGACCACACCGACCUCGGGUGACGCGCGACGUCGGCCGAUGUCCUUCGUCAGAGCCCUGGAGAUGACCGACUCCAUAGAAAUGGUUUCGGCGCCCAACGACCCGAGAUCGCAGAGACCAACCACACCGACGCCGGACCGCGCGAGCGUAUACGAUAUGAACUAUGAGAUAUCCGUAUAGCCCACCUUUCCGGUCUCCGCACCAUCCUGCGGCUGGACGGAGAUUCUACGAGAGCCGCCGAGUAGUCUGCAUGUCUUGUGCUCCAACGAGGAAAGGAUGUAUGCCGUUUACGAGAUAUCCGUCUGAAUUCUUCCGCGAUGUUUAAUGCAGUUAUUAACGCGCGUUUAACGUUUAUGCAAAAUGUGGGCAAUAGACGCAAACCGCGGCUGGUUCUUCAGUUUCGUUUAUCGCCAUAGAUUAUUCUUACGAAGCAUCGGAACUUGCCACAGUAAUCAGGAUACACGCGAUGUGCACUUCUGACAAAUUAUCAGUGAUUAUAUAUAUGUGUGUGUGCGUGCGUGCGCGCGCGCGCGCGCGAAUCAUAUCGUGAUUGAUUGACAGUAUAUAGCAUUCAUUCUCGGCGAGGAAGUCGGUCCGUCGACGCAUUUAAUUCACUGGAUUCACUCGCGAAGCAGUAAAAAUAUGCGACGAAUCUAUAUUUCCCCCAAUUCUUCCUUCGGCAUUGAAAUCCUUACGGUACGACGGUAGGAGAGAUUUCGACUUGCAUUUUACGCAAGACGAGCCAACGCAAACGUUCCCGUCGUCGUAUUGGUAAUAUCAUUGAUUUAUUCGUUAAUGAAAAAUAGAUUCCACGUGCGUAGCAGCGAAGUAUGCCCGUCACGACGUUCAGAAUAAUAACAGCGUUCGGUCCGACUGACGAUCCGAAUUAAUGAGUCACGGAGGCGUCAACGAAAGUAUAUCCCGAGCGCACAGAGGUUGACCUUUAUUGGAGCCAUCGCCGAUAAAUCGGUCCUCUCGCUUGACAGAAGCAAUUAUAUUUUUUAGUACACAUUUAAGUAGGUCAGUUUAGAUUUUUAUACAAUGACACCGUGACUCAUCCUCCUAUAGAAAUACGAUGUUAAUCCAAUGUCAUCCUUUUCUUUCUCUUUUUUCUUGUUCAUACCUCCAUUGCCGAUAAGGUGCAUGAUUUGAUAAACGAGGAAAGCACUAGGGAUCAUUUUAUUACAUCCUUACUAACUCCUCGGACACAACAGAGGAGUCCAUUGAAAAUGAAAAAAGGGAGUUACUUAACCAACUUAAGUCAUUAUCGGGAAUAGAAUAACAAAUCUGUGUUAAAUAAUCGUCGAAUAUGUAGCAAAUUUUUAAUAUACAUAUUUAACACUAUUUAUACGUAAAUGAUUAAACAAAAAAUAUAAGACUUUAUAAUUUGACUUGUUUGUUAUAAAUGAUGAUUUUAUCGAUGUGCCCACUAACAUAUUUUAUUUCUAUAUAGAGGGUUCUCGCAGAGAAGAGAAUGUGAAAGAGAAAAAAGUAUGAGUGUAAAAAAAAAAACUAACGUGCGAA